CUUAUAGUUUGCAUCGAGUCUUUGGCAUCCAGACUGUCUUCUUCUUCCUCUACAGCUUUGUCUUUGUUUGACUUCUUAACGUAUAGCUCACUCCCACCCCAUACCCAAAACAUUGGGUAAACUAUCCCUUGCUUCUCUCUCUAAAACUCUGUUUCUCUCUCUAAAGCAAUCCCCAUGGAACUCAAUGACAAUAAAGAUGAUACCACUCUUGUUAAUCUUGAAACUGCGUGUUUUGACCUCAAGAACCUCCUUCAAAACUCUGCUAGUAUGGAGACAAGUCUGGGAAAGAUGGACAAGAAAUUUGAUAGUUUGCAAGAAACACUAACCACAGCCUCAAGAAGCUUGGCUCCUCUGCAGUCCAUGUCCAUCGCCGCGAAAGCUAUGGAUGCAAAAAUCAACCGUGCUGUUUUGCCUGCUCUUUCACUUCUGGACAGCUUCAGACUCUCGGAGUCUCUCCAACGCAAGCUUCUCGACAUUUCCUCCAAGUUAUCCAACGAGACAAAGCCUAAAAAGAGGCUCAAACGCCUCAAAAAGUAUGUGGAAUGUGUGGACAAACUGAAGACGGCGAUUGAUUCUAUUAGUCAAGAAUGUGAGCCGGCCAUUCAGAAGCUUCAGGAGGUGGUGGAGUUCUUGAGUAGGACUAAGGCUACCGAUCAGUAUAGGAGGCAUAGAUUGAGAGAGACCUUGAUGACUCUGAAAGCGCUGUAUGAGUCAGAGGUUGAUGCUAUGAGGUUUGAUGGGUUGCUUGAUGAAGCUUUACUCAAUCUGCAGGAUGAGUAUGAAAGUUUAUUGCAGCGAUUGAAGCAUCAGAAUAUUGGGGAGGCGCAAGAUGAUGAUACAGCUGAGAUUAUGGCUUCUGAUUUGGGUACGGAAUUGGAGGUUGAAGUUCUCAAACAAAUAUCGGAGACUCUUGCUGCCAAUGAUUGUUUGGAUAUAUGUAUCGAUAUCUUUGUGAAGGUGAGGUACAAAAGAGCAGCUAAAGCACUAAUGAGACUAAACCCAGACUACCUCAGAACAUACACUACAGAAGAGAUCGACGAAAUGGAAUGGGAAACCUUAGAGACGGCAAUAACCCUUUGGAUUCAACACUUCGAACUGGCAAUCAAAACCGUCUUCGUAUCCGAAAAGAAGCUCUGCAACCAAGUUCUGGGUAACCUCAUGGACGGAGUCGUAUGGCCGGAAUGCUUCGUCAAGAUCGCCGACAAGAUCAUGGCCGUCUUCUUCAGGUUCGGAGAAGGCGUAGCCAGGAGCAACAAAGAGCCUCAAAAACUCUUCAAACUCCUCGACAUGUUCGACUCGCUUGAAAAGCUCAAAACCCAAUUCUCAGAAAUCUUCCAAGGCGAAGCCGGAGCUGAUAUCUGUCAACGAUUCAGAGAACUCGAGAAACUCCUCGUCCACGCUUCCACCAGAGUGUUCUGGGAGUUCGGUCUCCAGAUAGAAGGCGACCAAGACGGCCUCCCUCCGCCGCCAGACGGCUCCGUCCCGAAACUCGUCCGGUACGCCAUUAACUACCUGAAAUACCUCACCGCCGACGCUUACAGCCUCCCAAUGGCGGAAGUUCUCCGAACAGAGCAAAUGUGGAAAGCUGGGAUUCUUUCAAAACCCGAAACGGAUGAGAAUUUACUAAGAGACGCAAUAUCAAACACCUUGGAGGCACUCCAAAGGAACGUGGAAUCGAAGAGGGUUCGUUACAAAGACAAAGUGGUUUCUCACAUAUUCACCAUGAACACAUACUGGUACAUUUACAUGAGAGCCAGAAACACAGAGCUUGGGAAGCUAUUGGGUGAACAAUACAUGAAGAAGAGGUACAAAGUCGCAGCUGAACAGUCAGCCUACAAUUACCAGAAACAAGCCUGGGUGUCACUGGUGCGAAACCUAGACAGAGAAGAGCUGCAGAGGGUUAACAAGGAAGCCAUUGGAGCUCUGGUGAGAGUGAAAAUGGAGGCGUUCAAGAAGGGUUUUGAAGAGAUUUCGCAGAGGCAUCGAAGCAGUUACAGUAUACCAGAUGGGGAUUUGAGAAAGCAGAUGAGAGAGGCUACAUUGAAUCUUGUUGUGCCUGUUUAUACUGAGUUCGUGAGCUCGUACUCGUGGGUUUUACAGGGGAAGUCUUAUUGGUCGCCGGAGACGAUGAAGGGGUUGGUGGGCCAGAUUUUCGGCGGUGGUGAUCGGGUGGGGACCUUGCGGCGAAUUGAUUCGAAUGAUCGGACGGAGGGGAGGCACUCGGUGUCGGUGGAAGGGUCUCGUGAGAUCAGAGAUUUUCGACGGUCCAGAUCAAAUGCUAGUAAUGCAUCAAAGCAGUGAAGUUCGGUUUGGUAGUUACAUUUUCAAAUUGUGUGGGUCCAAAUUUAUCUUGACCAUAAACCAGUUCGAGAAAUGUGGAGUUGGAUUUGUGAAUCGAUGUUAAAGAGUGCUGGAGUGAGAACUGUAUAGACUUGUUUGGUGUUUGUUGAGAAAUUAUCAGAUGCUCGGGAUACAUUUAUUUAUGUGUCACUUUAUAACUAAUCGGGAUCAAUCAAUGAUUUUGAAUUCUAUUGUAAUAAUUUUUCG